UAUCACUAGAAAAACAGUUGAUAAUAUUUACAAUGAAAAUUUAAAACCAAAAUUUAACAUCUCUGAAUUUGAUGUUUUUCAAAAAAAUAUUUCUUUUCAAACAAACAAAUAUGAUUUUGAACUCCUUUACAAAAUAAAUUCUGGGAUGGUUAAAGGCUUGCAAAGACUUAAGGUUAUUGUUGCCAAUACUUGUUCUAAUAAUAUAAUUAAUGACUGCCAAGGUAUUUCAAUAUCUACUUGUUUGGCUAAUCAUACAUUUACCCAAACUCGUCACAAAAAUACCAUUGCUUCAAGUACUCAAGGAAAAAAAUGCAUCAAAGGCUUUUAUGAUAAUUGUUUAGGAAAAACACAAGAUUACUCUCUCUGCAUAUCAGGACAACCCAUUUCUAGUCAUAAUGAUCCUCUUUUAACUAAUGUUAAUAGUUUAAAUAAUGAUUCAAAAUUAUGGCCACAUUAUAAUGAAUCCAUAGAUAAAUAUUCUGCCAAAGAUACUUUAUCAACCCAUAAUUACAAGGUAACUAACCAAGUAGGGAAUGAUUAUAUUGAAAAUGACAUGAAGCUUUUAAUAUCUAUGUUUCCAGAAGUCAAUAGUUCUCAUAUUGAAUUUGUAUUCAAAAAUUGUAACAAACAGAUUAGCCAAGCUGCUCAUAUUAUCUUGGAAGAGAACAAUCCAAAUUACAAAUUAUCGUUGGUAAGUAACCAAGUCUUAAGCACAACAUUCCCUAUAAAACUAACAAAUAACGAUGAAUAUUCAACAAAUUUAAAGUUAGAGGAAAGGACUGCAAAAAAAUCUGGAAUAAAAUCCAUGGCCGAAUUGUUACCUAGGCUUGAUCAAAUAAAACCUUUUUAUCCAAGCAAUUUUCAAACCUCACUGCAGCCAUCUUUUUCUACAAAUAAUUACGUUGACGAGUCAUAUCCUAAAGAGGGAGAAGAAUAUGACACUGUUCCUACACAUCUCACGAAUUCAGAUUUAUCGCAGAUUAACUCCUUAAAUAUCGAUACAUCGGUUCAGGAUGAACUAAAUAUCGCCGAGAUUCAAGUCCCAAAUUAUGAUAGACAAUCAAUAUCUUCAUUUCAUCCUGUCACCAUUCCAUUCGUACUUGAUAAAGAAUUUUUGAUUAAUAUGCAACAGACCUAUAAGAUCCCUCCAAAACCUUUUACAUCUGAAACGUUAGAAUUUUUUGAACGCUCCAUCGAUAUCGAUACAUCCAUGGCUCAAAGAUUAUAUUUUAAAUGGGUUUCGGCUCAAGAAUAUGAUCCAGCAUUUAAUGAAAUCUUUUACCACGAGAAUUCAAAUUCUGAUAUCACAACUAACGAUGGAAUAAGUGGGUUUUUUGAAGCGGAUUUGGCUCGGCAAGGCUUUCCAUUGCAAACGUCUUCUAAUGAUUGCAGUUGUUAUCUCAACCCAGCCUUCAAUACCAAGAUGUUUCAUAAUACCUUGAUUAAAUCCCCUAAACCACUCUCACAAAUAAUCGACGAAGAAAAACAUAAAGAUUUCAAUAUGGACAACUGCCAUAUUUCAGAUAUCAAUAAUUUGGAUAAUUCUAGCAAUUUGAAGGAGACCGUACCAAAUUUAAGCUUAGCUAACUUGCUUAAAAGAAAUUUAUUAACUCGGCAAUUUCCUGGAUUAAACUCCGCUCUUUUAGAUGAAUUGUUUGCCGGAUUUAAUUUUGAUCUAGAGGCCGUCAGUGAUUUUGUGAAUUCUCAACUUGUACCUUUUACCAUUGACUCUAAUGUGACUCCUACUUAUUGCGAUUUAUUAAAACGAACAAAACCGAAAGUAAAAACUGCGCUUAUUGAAAAUCCAAAUCAAACACCAAAUUCCGUUGAUUUAAUUGAUAUCGAAGAAGAGGAAUGUCAAGAUAGCGAAGAUGGGGAAUUAUAUAUCGAAAACAUAUAUCGUCAGAAACCCGAGUAUUUAUCCACCCGGGACAUAUCGAUUCAGGUUCUCUCCCUCAUAAACAAAAAUUUAGUCGAUACAGUCAACAACAAAUGUUUUUCUAGUUCCUCCAAUAAAGUCGUCGGCAAUCAAAGAGCUUUAGUAUAUGAUUGUUUGAGGGAAAAGGCUUUUGAAUUUCAGAAAAUUAAGAACGAAUAUUUGGUUAAAGCCGAUCAAUCGGCCAACUCUACCAACAAGCUCUUUCGGUCAGGCAUAGCUCAAUAUUACAGGCAAACAGCUAAGGAAUACGAUACAAAAUUCAAAUUAGAAAGCCAAAAAGCUGUGAAUAAUAUUUUGAGAACUAAUAAUUACGGACAACCUAGAAAUACUUUGGAUUUACACGGUUUACAUGUUUCAGAAGUGUUGGCAGUACUUAAAAAAUACAUUUAUUGGGCACAAGACAAAAUUAUCAAUAAAAACUUCGAAUCAUACAAAUUGAAUAAAUUGACAGUCAUAACUGGUCGGGGCAAAACUAAAUCAUCUCAGCACUCACGUCUGAAUUACGCCGUUAGAAAUUAUCUCACCACAAAAGAUUAUCCUCCUUUUGAAGAAACUAAUCCGGGAACAUUUACUCUUUAUUUGGUUAAAAAGGCUUAAACCGAUUAGAAAAUAACUAAAAUUAACCCAUUCUGGUCUUUAUUAAAUAUGCAAAAAACUUUUGUACGUAAUUUUUCAUACAUUUUUUAAAAAGUUAAUUAUGUGAAUCCUAA